ACUUCGGCGGCUGCAUCGAACAGCUCAGCCUCAACAGCGGGGACUUGGAGGGCAUCUGUUUCCCCGCCUCGCUCGAUGCGCGGCCGCCCGCCGUGCCCGACCCAGGCAGCGUGCUCAACCUUUUCGCCGAGCUCAGGGCAGUGGAGGUGAGCGCGCUGCUCGACGAGGCGAGCCAGGUGUGCAAUUUCGAGCGGCCCAUCGUGGCCUGCGGCGCGCGGGUGCUCGCGGAGCCGCUCGUGGGGCACGGCGGGGGGACGGAGUUCGCGUGGCCUGUUGGGGCCUCAGUGACGGGGAGCCGUGCCCUUGCCCCGAUCGAUGGCAGCGUCGCUAGCAUGGAGGUGCUCGCGGGGGGUGGAACGGCGGACAUCGCACGGUGGUCGCUCGAGCGGCGCAACGGCCUCUGCGAUGACCCGCGCAUUUUGCUUCGGAUGUCCAUGGAGCGUGCGCUUGUUGAGUCGGUCAGCCUGACGACGGCGUGUUUGCGGCAGGUGGGGUCCGCCAUCACCGACUUCGCGACGAACCUCGUCGCCUGUUCGGACAACUGGGGGCGCGAGAGCGGGGUCAGAACUCACAGCUCGGCGGCCCAUGACCACUCGAUCCUGCAACGGGCGGCCCACCUGCUCGCCGGGAUGGACGGGCCCAACGUGCAGAACCUCGUCGGGGCCGAGCUCCUGCCCCGCCGCACCACGCUGCGCGAGGAGGCGGUGGCCGAGGAACCCGAUGCCCCGAGCCACGAGAGGUCCGACCACUUCCACGGCAUCAGCGCGAGA